AUGCUCUAAUCACGUUCUCUCUUUUUUUGUGCGCUGCGCCUGUGCGACCGCGACACUGUGACGCACUGACGUGACUAUUCGAGUGUUGUUCAGUUGUUUACUGUUUAGUCGCGAACGGUGCUAUAGUGCGUAAUCUCCGUAAUUGCAGAUUUUUGUAGGACUUGCUGAACGCGAUGGCUGGUAGAUCACGAGGACGUAACAGCAAUGGCAGGUUCCAUAACGCCAAUCCACGUAGUGAACGGAGUAAUGAUCAUGAUGAUCGAACUUCAAGACCUAGCACUAGUCGAGGAGGUGGUGGAUACUCAGAUCGUCAUGCUUUUAAUAAAAAGGUGACAUUCAAAGCAAAUCAACGUGGAGGUAAUCAUUUUCGUAAAAGUUGGGAAAGUAAAACUGAUUUGGUCCGUGAUCAACUGGAUAGUGAAUUUCCUAAUCGAAAUGGCCCAUCUAGAAAUAAUACUGGUCGACGAUCUUUUCCUGAAAGAAAUCAUGGCCGUGGUGGUAAUGGUAAUUUCAGAAACUUAUCAUGGGCUUUGAAAGAAAGUAGUACUGGAUGGUAUUCAGUAUUUGUGCCAAAUGUUGAAGAUUGUGACGAAGUCCUUAAAAUAAUACAAACUUAUAUCACACCUGUUGUGUUUUAUCCAUACAAUAAACAAUAUUUUGAUAAUGCUUUAAGAUUUCUUGUUGAUGAUUUUAAAGUUGCUAAAACAUUGCACAACACUAGUUAUAAGAUAACACAAAGAGAUGAUCGAAAAUUAGUUAUAAAGGUGUGUAUAUAUUUGCCUCCACGUGGUCCUAUAUCAUUCACACCAGUAUCCAGUGAAGUGAGAGAAAAAAUGAUAGAAGCCAUGGCGACUCGUUACAAUCCUAGUACCAAGAGUUUAGAUUUGUCACAAUUCUAUGCUUGUUCACUGUUUACCAAUAAUCAAUUAUUUGUACCAUUAAAUCGACCAGCUGUUCUUUUGGCAGCACUCAACAUGGUUGCUCAACAUACCAAGCAUGACUUGUACGGUUUAAGUCUUGAAAAUAAUCACAUAUAUUUAGGUGAAGGCCUUAUAUGGAUACGUAGGUUGUUCCCUGAACUGAAAGUGUUGGAUUUAGCUGGCAACAAAUUUUCUGAUUUAAAAGAGCUAAGGUGUCUCUCAGGUUACACUAUUCAUGAGCUGAACUUAUCCAGAAAUCCUGUGUGCAAUACAGAGGACAAAGAGCGUUACAAACGGGAUGUACAACAAUUUUUUCCCAUGCUAAACAAGUUGGAUAACUCAGAACUGCCGUCUCGGUACAGUGCGAUUAUUGGAUCCAAGUUUAAAAUGCCGAUUAACUUGGGUAACAGUUAUCCAAUACCAGAAGGCCAUAAUCCUGAACUGCCAAAUCCAGUAACGACUUUAGUAGAAUCAUUUCUCACUCAAUAUUAUGUAUUAUACGAUAACCAAGUGUCUAGACAAAUGGUAUCGGAAGCUUACCAUGAAAAUGCCAUAUUCACGUUAUCCAGUUGUUUUCUAUUUAAAAAUGUUAAAGGUAGCUUAUCACAGUAUCUACCUGAAAGCAGAAAUUUUUUGAAAUCUGACCGAAACAGACAUGGAAGACGUCGGUAUUUGCAUAAAGGCAAACAAGACAUAAUAAACUUUUUAGACAAGUUACCUAAAACCAAGCAUGAUAUUGGUUCAUUCAUAGUUGAUGUACCAUUGGCAACUGCUGCUAUGGUUCAGAUUGUAGUGAACGGUGUGUUUGCUGAAGAUUUUAAAGAAACCAACUAUAGACACGUAUAUCGAUCAUUCUGCAGAACAUUCUGUAUAGUGCCGAUUGGGAGUGGUUGGAGUAUAAUUAGCGAUAUGUUAUUUGUAACAACAGUCACUGAUGAGUUAUUAUUAGAGUCUUCAAAACGGUUCCAUAUUUUCAAACCAAAACCAGUGUCAUCCAAAAAAAAUAACUCAAAUGGCAACACUAACCAAAAUGGAACAAUGUUUAUGGAGGAUACAGAUGAAAUGGCUGGCAUGGAAUCAUCAUCAUCCUAUCAACAGCCUCCCACACCCAGCUACCCACCACCAUCGUAUCAGCAAUCCACAUUUUCAUCUUAUCAGCCUUCACCAAUGACGCCUCCUAUUAAUCCACAACAACCAUCACCUUAUCAAGGAGGCAUGCAGACAUCUACUCCACAGAUCCAACAAAUGGCGCCUGCAGCAACAGAAAAUUUCCAACCAGACUCUCAACAGCAGUCAAAUGCCUCAUUCCCUAUGUUCAACACAAUAUCACCAUCAACUACUGCUUCCUUGCCUGUAAAUCAAUUGUCGACUGAAGUGCCUGUAAAUUUGAUGAGGGAUACUAAUGCUAAUCCCGAUAAGUUGACUAUGAUUAAGAGUUUUUCAAAUGAGUCUGGAAUGAAUAAUGAAUGGGCUGAAAAGUGUUUAGUAGAAAAUGGUUGGGAUUAUGCUAAAGCGGCUUUAUGUUUUUCAGACCUAAAAGCUAAUAUUCCACCUGCGGCUUUCAUACAUUAAUUAGGAUAAUUUGUUAUACAUGAGUCUUAAACAAAACAUAAUUAGUUCUACUUUCAUGAUGUCGACAUUUAGUAUAAAAUUGUUUUGGUUUAUUCUUCUAAUGUCUAUUAUAAUAAUUAAAAAAAAAAAAUGUAAACCUGCUAUUGUGAAACAACCAAAACCAUUUUUCAUAAUAUUUUAUUAAGUUUUUUUUUUAAAAAUGGUUUUUAAGAUUCUUGGUCUAUGGAAACAAAAAUGAUGGAGAAAACUGUGUUUAUUAUGACAAUAAAAAAAAUGACAAAAACUACCAAAAAUGAAAAACAAAUUACUAAAGAGGGUUAAAAAUUGUUUUUUGACCGAUUACUUUUAUUAUUAAUGCCUUGUAGGCAAUGAAGGAUUAUUUAGUAUACAGACUGCAUAGAAGUCUAAUAUUAAUGACCUGGAAAGAUUGAUUUUCAUAUGGACCAAGAACUGGAUCUAAAAACCGAGAAAGUAAUUUUAAUAAAAAUGGUUUUGAUUGUUAAACUGUAAAUGGUAUGUUUGAGGGAAAAAACCAAUUAAUGAAAAUUAAAAGAAACAUCCUUAUUUUUACUGUAAUACAAAAAUAAUUUAAGAAAUAUAUUAAUGAAAGAAAUGUAAAUAAUUGUACUUUGUAACACAUACUACCUACCUUAUAUUUGCAUUAUUUAAUUUUUUUUAAAUGAGUGAUUGUUUUAAAUAAAUUUAAAAUUAUUGUAAUUUAAUUGUUUAAGACGCCGUUGUGACCUUUUUCCAACAUACAUGGUUGAUCAUGUAAUGAUUUCUUUUAAUCAUUGAAAUCAAUUAAAUAUAAAUUAAAAUAUGAUACUUGAAAUAAAUUUACUAUGUAAAUAAUAUCUUGUUGUUCUCACAUAUAAUUAUUAGUAUUAUAAUAAAAAUUAUUUUUACACUA